CAACUUCACCUUGUUGGCUACUAAUCAUUUAUAGAACAUUACUAAUAAAUGUGUAUUCUAAGGUUAUUCUACUUAUCCUGUUGAAUUAUCAUCAUAUAGUCUUGCCAUAGCGCAUUAUUAAUAUUAUUUUGCAUUAAUGGCUUAGGUACUUUACUUGCUUAAAUUUUAUUUUCCGGAGUUUUUUCUUACAUGUUUUAUCAUAUUCUUUUUAUAGACUUUGAAAUGUCUGAUGCCCAGCAAGAGCAUGCAUUGGCUGUGGAACGUCUUGAACCAAGGCUAACAGCGCUCAGGAUAGAGCUCUGCCCAAGUCACAUGAGCGAAGGGUGCUUUUGGAAGAUAUAUUUUGUGCUUCUGCAUUCUAGAUUGAAUAAGCAUGAUGCUGAACUUCUGUCAACUCCACAGAUUGUGCAAGCCAGAGCGAUGCUAUUACAAGAUCUUCAUACCCGUACAAAACCAAAUACAGAGGGGUCAGCAAAAAGUUCCUCCUCUGUGAAAGAGGAUGAGCAGUAUGAGCCCUCUGUUCCAAGCGAAGGGAGAGUCAGUGUCAUGCCAGUUUCAGGCAUCACUUCUUCUGAAAACCUGCCAUCACCACCACAACCUGAGGACAUAUUCGUGUCCAUUCCUGUCAUAGAUAUUGAAACGGAGAAGCACCCAGUUGAAAGUACCGUGGUGAAAAUCAUAGACAAAUCUGUCAUUGAAGAAGACCCAUCAGUACAGUCCAAAAAACAGAAAGGUGAAAGCUAUGAAGAUGAUUGGCUUGAGGAUGAGACUGGUGAAGCCAGCGGCUCAGGAGAAAAUGCUCUUCCUUUAGGAAACGAUGAAGAUGUAUCCUUCAGUGAUCUGGAGGAAGAGGAUGACAAAGCAAUUUCGAAGUCCAGUCCCACACAGGUGAAAGAAUCAAGGGGCUGGGUUCAGCUGAACAAGAACACAGAGAGUCCAGCAAAACGAAGCAGCUCCACCAGCCCACAGAACAAGGACGACUGGUUAAAUGUUGAUGAAGUCGACGCCGAAUGAAUGCUUUAUGCCUCUCAUAAUUCCAUCGUUUUAUUGUAUGUGCUUGUGUUUUUUGUUACUGAUUUUCUGUACAUAGCUCCUCGUUGGUCCUUCAUCUCCCACUCUCAAUUGGAUUUGAAUCUGUGUCAUCAAUCAUUUGUAUUAAAAGUUAAUCUGAAUGUGAACUUACGUGAUUAAA